CGGAAGAAACAUCGUAUUGGGAGGUCUGCACCCGUUUGUAAGGAUAAACUUGUCAAGGUGGACUAUAUUCAAAUAGGGUCGAUCAACUAGAGACUAGUAUCCUGUUUGAGGAGGAUUGAACUCGAAGUUAGCGUAAGCUGCUAGCUUUUCUAAACACGUUAGUGGAGCUCGGCCACACAGGCCUGAAGGAGAAAGAGGCAAGAAUCUGUUUUACGUGGGGCCAAAACUAACGGAUCUGGAGUCUGUGCCCUGUACGAGUCGUUGGGAUAAAAAUGUCCAAAUUUCAAAUGCUGAGAUCUUUAGUGAACCAGAGACUGACUGCAGCUGCUGAAGAGAUAUUCGAGCUAUUUGAAAGAACGAUAGCAGAAUAUGAGGAUCAACUUCGAUCCAAAGAGAAUCAACACAAACGGCUGGAAGCUGUUAUCAGCCCUGAAGUGGAGUUACACAGACCAGAUGUCCAGCAGCUGAUAGUGAGAAAAGAAGAGGUUCUCCCGGAGCAGCAGGUGUGGAGUCACGGUCCACAGCAGGAGGACCCACCAGGACCAGCACACAUCAAAGAGGAAUGGGAAGAACUCUGGACUCAUGGGGAGGAAGAACAGCUUCGAGGAACAGUGGGGGCGGAUAUCAACAUGUUCACGUUCACUCCUGUCCGUGUUAAGUGUGAAGAAGAGGAAGAACCUCAUUCCUCUCAGCUUCAUCAGAGACAAACGGAUCAGAUGGAAACAGGUGCUGAUGGAGAGAACAGUGGAGUAGCCAGACACUUCAAUCCAAACAGUCAUUUACAACAGGCAGCUCACGACAAGACUCAGCAGUCCUUUGAAUCUGAGACUGAUGACAGUAACUGUGACUGGGACGAGCCCAGAGAAGCUCAGUUAGGUUUAAACCCUCUGCAAAACAAAGACCAGUGUAUAAUUGACAUGAAAUUUAAUAAUGGAAAUACCUCGUUCAGCUCAACUGAAUGCGCUCAAAGCUCUGAACAAAAGAAACAGACACAAGAACAAAAAGGAAAUCAUACAGAGAAAGUUAGUUGCCCUGUUUGUGGGAACUGGUACCCAAAUAAGAGAUAUUUACAACAACACAUGCUGCGUCAUUCAGUAAAAAAACCUUUCUGCUGCUCGUUUUGUCGGAAGAGUUUUCACUCGAGAACUGAUAUGGUGAGGCACAUGAGAGUCCAUACAGGAGAGAAACCAUUCAGUUGUGAAGUUUGUGGAAAAAGAUUUUCUCUACAUGGAAAUUUGAGGCAACACAUGAUUAUCCACAAAGAGGAGAAACCGUUUACAUGCAGCAUUUGUGAUAGAAAAUUCAACUGGCAGAUAUCUUUUAAAAAACAUACAAAUGUUUGUAAGGGCAGCAAAACCGAAUAAAACGCUUGGAUGCUCGUCAAAUGCCACCUAAGAAGUAACUGGAUGGAGGGGGAUUUUUCAGAAGCUUAAACCUACUGUGAUGAAUGUUUAUCAGGUCAGGAAACACUAAAGUAAUGCUGAUGCCUCUAUUUGACCUGCUGGUUAUUACUGCUACUGGAUUCUUGGAACAUUUUUCAGCACACAGAUGAAAAGUGCAUUUGUUUACAAUGUCCACAAAGUCAGAGUGAGCAAUUUAACUGAGUAUUAUAAGUCAGCCGGAUGUUUUUCUUUCCUUUUGAGAGGACUGCUUAUGCAUGAUCAGCAAAUUAGCAUCAUGUAUUCCUUAUAUGUGAGUCACUUCUGAUCCGGUCUUUGCUGCUUUACUUCAGAGACUUUUUUAAUGACUGAUAGAUAUAACAUGGAAUUAGGUAUUAUUAGCAUUAGUAGUAGAAGGAAUUGUGAUGUAUUUUGAUGUAUCAUAUAUAAAAAAAGAUUAAGUAGAAAGUUGACCCUUGUUAUUAAUUUAAGGCCCUUUCCCCCAUACAAAUGACCAGGGGUCGACUGAUUAUCGUCCAGGCAGAUUAUGAAGGCCAAUAUUCAGCAUGUUGCUGAUUACCUGUAUCAGUGUUUUAUGUUACUGAUAGUCAAUAAAAAUAAUGGAGUUAAAAGUACGCUAAUUUGGAUCCUUUGUGAGUUGUGUCAUCCCCUCUGGCUCUAUUUUUACUGUCCUCAACCUCAUGAAAUUUAAACCUGAGGUCAGACUAAAACAUAAUUUUGUCAGUUACCAUGAGCCCUACAUUUGUGAAGUGACUUGACCAACUGACAAGGCAGACUACACAGAGGCACAGGAUCAACAUCGUGGCCAACAACUUUCCCUGUCUCAUAGUUUCACCCCGCGUCACCAGUCCAAAAGACAUGCUCCUUAAGUUAAUAUGUGACUCUACAUUUCAGGUAGCAGUGUGUGAGCAUGGCUGGUUGUUCUGUUCAGCUGUGCGGUUAACUGGUGUACUCAGUCUCUUGCCCAAUGAUAGCUGGGAUUGGCUCCAGCCCCUCAUGACCCUGAAUGGGCUAAGUGGAUUAGAUAAUGCAUGGUGAGGUGGAUGUUUUUUCCUCAUGGAGUUUGUGCAUCUAUAGCUACAGUUGAGCUCUAAACCUGUAGUGAUUAUCAUGAGAAGAGUCAGUCUUUGAGUUGCUCUGCCCUCCUCUGCUUGCCACUUGUCUUUAUCUGAGGAGUGUUUUUUAGCCAAACCAGCUCUCAAAGGUUUAUUUACUUAGCAGUAUACUUCCAGAUUUCUCAAAUACAGGAUAAUAUAACAAAGGGGAAAAGUUAUGAAAAUUGGUUCCAAGCCUCGCCAGUCUGAUCUGUGUUGUUUUGUAUUCCAGCAUGUUGUGAGCAGUGAAGAACUGAGGCCGCUGAAGCAUCCAUUUACAGCCACUGCCUUCAUGCCUGAGCUUUCCUUCGGCUCUGUUAAACAUAAAUAUGAGAGGCUUAGCGGUUAGCAUGUUGCAGGAUCAGCGCUUUAUAACUGUAUUUUCAACUUGCAAACAGAUAUAAAGUUGUAUGUAGGUUGUUAAGUGUUAUACUCCUGUAUAAUGCUCAACUGAAGUCAUGAGUAACCACAUUGAGCACAAUAAUAAUCUGCAAACAGGAACGAAGGCUUGUGGAGCUAGUUGAUAACUUUAGCCACGCUCUACCAACCCAGUCUCAUAUAUCAUCUACCAAUGGCCUUGUGAUAAAUUUGUCAGUUUUCGGUGCGUUUUCUCCACUUUAGACUCGUCAGUUACACACAAUAUAAACGGCCAUUUGGGGGGGUCAGGGAAACAGCUGCCCAGGUGACAAAAAAGGCCGUAGUUAUCCCUUUACACUGAUUUAAGAAAUAAGCUAGGUAAUUGGCAAUACACCAUGAACAUUAUUAUACCCAUAUAUUGGUCACAGUGGUGAUGAAGAAGUAGGCUUUAAAAGUGAGUCUUAUCACUGGAUUUUAUGGUGCAUAAUUAAGAUUUUGAAUGCAAGACUUAAUUUUGUGUACCAGAGUAUUUUCACACUGUGUUAGUGAUACUGUUGAGUGAAAAAUCAGAUUACUGGUACUGUUGGUUUCUAUGUACAUGAACGGUGAAAGCUGUAGAGUUUUUAGAGAUAAAGACUCAUGUUUGCUGUUGUCCACCUUCAUUUUUAAUGAGUAUUAAUGAAAAAGUCUGGUUGUAUUUAAUGGCAGGCUUACUAAUGCCUCAUUUUACUGUAAGUGCACAUCCAAAGCUUCCAAAAAUUGUUUUUUGAUCUCUUUAUACUAAAAUCAGCAUUAGCCCUAAAAAACAAUAUCGGUCGACCCAUACAGACCACACACUCUCAACAAAUAAGGUAAAAUGGGGAUAAUCAUCUCAGAAAUAAGCUGCAUUACCCUAGUUGUAGCAGAUAGUGAUUUUUAAUGUACUUUAUUCUGAAACUUAUUUUGGGUUUUGUUAACAAAAGACUCUAACCAGCCCACCUUAAGUUAAAUUUUGCACACACCUACAAGCACCUCUACCUCAGCUUGUCCUGCUCGUUCUCCUACAUUUUCUCUUUACCUGUGCAUGUGAACUUUUUAACCAUCCUCAGCAGCUGUGGUUUUUAAUUUUUUUAUUAACCUGAAUUGUGAAAUGUUCCCCGGAGUGUAGAUUAACCAUGUUAAUGAUGUAUAGCUGUCCAGUCAUUGCAGGAUUCAGAGCACGUUAGACACUACUGCAGCACUUCCACAAGGAAUACAGUGACACGGACAAUUAUGCAGCAGCUUAUUGACUGUGAAAGGGGACCUUAUGUGGAUAACAAUCAUAGAAAUUCCUGUUUGGUUACAGCUGCUGCAUUUAGACCAACAUGUUUUACACUCAUCCAGCCAAACUUUUGCUGUGUGACAUUUGGUACGGAGAAAUUGUCAGAAUCACUAUAAAUGUACGUGUUUUGUGUAUUUCCCCACAUGAGAGCCACAUUUGCAGAAAGCUAAUAUUUAGUGCAUGAUUCCUGCAGUCCUGCAGCGAAAUUCAGGCCGUGUACGUUUGUCGACAGAGUUGUUGAUUGUUGAAGUUGGCACACAUUUUGUGAUUAGUUUGUAGUUUUACUGUACUAACUCUGGCACAUCAAUAAACAUUCAGUUGGCUGACUGAGACAUGUCUCUGCCCUUUCCAAUGCUUUUUUUUUUUUUUUUACACUUAGCAAGACAGCAGUGUUGUGCCUCUUUGUCUCUAAAUGUC